GUCGGCUGCUGCUACCCCUGACACAUAGGUUCCCCGCUAUUCGUCACUUUGCUUCACGCAACGGUUCCAGCGCUGGUGUCUCGUUACGGGCAGCCAUGUAGCGGGAUAUGAAGGCGGCGUGGAACCUGCUUCUGAUCGCCUGCUGUUCGAGCUCCCUCCUCACAGUGGCAGAUGGCGGUCUACAAGAUGCCAACAGCAACAAUAUUGACCAAAACGUUACAUGGAUCACGCCUGCGCACAACUACAAACCUACGUAUCACCAGCAACCAAUUCUCUUACGUCACCAGCAUAAUCACAUCCGGCACCACCACGUGCACCACUGGGGGCCUUUUUUUGAGGAAGAUGGGAUCAACGCGAGCGACGGGGGCCAACUGGCCCUUGAAGUACCUCUGGGGGGAUCAGUACAUCUCAACUGCCGUGUUGGCAUGUUGCAUGAUAAGACGGUGAUGUGGCUACGGAGGAACACGGACCGCGUUAGCCUGCUCACAGUGGGAGCCAAUCCGUACAGUAGCGACCCGCGGCUCAGGGUCAAGUUCCAGUAUCCCAACAACUGGCAGCUUCAUAUCAGCCCCGUUCAACGAGAGGAUGAGGGACUGUAUAUGUGCCAAGUGUCCACGCAUCCUCCCAGGGUCCUCACCACCAACGUCACGGUGCUAGCACCGGACUUGAAAGUCGUGGAUGAACACGGUCAUUCAGUGCACGACCGCUACUACAAGACUGGCAGCACUGUGGAACUCACAUGUCGUGUCAUGUCAUCUACUGAACACACAACUUCACCUCAAAUAACGUGGAGAAAAGACGGAAGUAAACUUCCAGAUAAGGUCACCAUAUCGCCUGUGAGUGAGGCAAAGGAGGGCACCACUGUGAGCCGUUUGGUGAUCCCCAGAGCUGCGAAGAGCGACAGUGGCAUGUACAGCUGUUCACUGUCCAAGCACUCGUCUGUUCUGGUACACGUGCACAUUCUGAACGGCGAAAAGCAGGCAGCAGUGCAACAUGAUACGUGGGGGAGCACGGGCUGUGAGCAGACAUCAAGUUACCUACUGAUCCUAGUGCUUGUCUUCGUUACGAAUUUCAUGACGUCACAUCGCUGAUGUUCUGCAAUGCUGUAACAAUGGCCGCACCACUGGUUGAUCAACUUCAAGUCUGACAAGCCAAAGCAAUGAAUUGUCUGCUUGCUUCAGUAGACGUGACAUGUUUAUAUAAAAACAUUUGAAGGGAAGUUACAGUUUUAUGGAUUGUGUAGUUGUAUAAGAUAAUGUAGAACUCUCUUGUUUUAUACAGCCAUGAAAUUUCACUUUUUAAAAGAAAAUAUAUAGCAGACAAUGGAUAUACGUGGAUACUUGUCGUGGUACGGGAGCUGUGGUUCGCUUCUUACAGUGUUAAACACAUGAUUAAUUACAACUGGCUCUAGAAGCGAGUUAUAAAUAUAACAUAACUUUAUACCUGCGUAAUAUAAUAACGGAGAAAAAAUACAUUUACUUCAUAAUGUAAAGGUGGAAACUUGGAAGUAAUUCAUAUGACUUUCUAAUGUUCUGUUAUAUGUCAUUAGAGAUAUUUAAAUUCAAUCCAAACAAGUCUGAAGUAACAAAACUUGUACUUAACUUACAACAUUACUUAAUUUCUACUUCUGUUUUCUUAUGGCAGUCAAUAAAGAAAGCGGAAUUAGUAUAAAUGAUUGGGCCACACAAUAUUUUAAGUUUUCCCAAGUAGAAAUAUACUAUCUAAUACAAGUUAUAAUAAAGAGAAAUAUCUGAUGUUCUUACUUAGCAAUUCCCACAGAACAUUCUGUAAUUAUAUAAAUUUCAUGUUGGCAUUUGCACAAUCUAAAUUGAAUUGCCUCUAAUACGAAAAAAUAUUUUAUAAUAACUGUUAAAACAUAAAAUUUCCAUUAUUAUUUAGAUAUUUAUAUUUAUAUGUUUUAAAUCGAAUAAUAUAACGAGAAUUUGAAGGAAAGACUUCAUAAUUCAUAAAUAAGGAAAUCAAAUGGUGCUCAUUACAGUUGAUUUAGUACGUACAAGCCAUUCAGUGCUUAACUAACCUUACGUCUUUUAUUGCUACGAAGGAGCGAAGAUAUGUUAAGAAGAGAAAAUAUAAAUUUUCAUAUAAAUACCACUUUCUUUUAUUCUAAUAUAUAAUUUAUUGGGAGGAGCAGUCAGUAAUUACGUCACAUAAACGCAUAUCGCUUUACUCGAACGGACUACCAACUUCUUAUAAACUAACUUCUCGGAGCUGAACCCUUCUUGAAAAGCCACUGGUUUUGCAGCUAUUCAAGAACUUUCCAAAAUUUUACGGAGCCCGAAUAUUCAUUAUCGUCAUCACAAGGGCCCUUCACUGGUCCCUAUUCUGAGCUAGAUUAAUCCAGUCCAUACCACCCCAUUCUACCUCUCUAAGAUG